GCCAGCUUUCCCUGUCCAUCCAUCGCCUUCACGUCUUGCUCGCUGUUGACUGACUGACUGUUUGCUUGUGAAUCUUAUAUCGCCUUCGUGAGCAUCCUACAUCAAUCCGGUCUCGCGAGCUGUCUACUUAAUCGUUUUUUUGGCUGCCCGGUCACCACGGCCCUGGCGGCUAACACUCGUUUUACUGCGCCAGUUCUCAGCUCGUCCGCCAACGACGCUUACUUGUUAGCUUCUAACACCGUUUUUCUUCCGCCCGCUCGAUAUAUGUGGCCUUGUUCCAUCCAUCGGUAAUCCGAUCUUCAACAUCUCGAUUUCAUUCAACCUUCUUUCUACUCGCCCCUAAGAGUACGGUUGAUCAACAACAAUGGCCUACCAAGGCUCCCACACCCCGGGGUCGCCUUACCACGAGGAAGGCGGCCACCGACUGGACAACUUGGGCCAGACCAACUACGGUGAAGAUGACGCGUCCCGCAGUUUGCUCAAUCAAGGCCCCUUCAACGGCCCAUUUGAAGACCCUCACAGCCGCUCCGCAUCGCCCAUGCGCCCAGUGUCGAGGUACAGUUUGACCGAGUCCUAUGCGCCGGAAUCUGCCGCUCCUGCCUACCAUGACCCCUACAACCCUUCUCCUGAGAACCCGGCGGCUGCCUUUGGAGUUCCCGGUCGUGUGGCCUCUCCAUAUGCACGCAGUGAGACUUCUUCCACCGAAGCAUGGCGUCAACGACAAGCUCCUGGCUCGGGACUGCGCCGCUAUGCCACAAGAAAGGUCAAGCUCGUUCAGGGCUCUGUUCUAAGUGUAGAUUACCCAGUGCCUAGUGCUAUUCAAAAUGCCGUUCAAGCCAGAUACCGCAACGACCUUGAGGGUGGCAGCGAAGAGUUCACCCACAUGCGAUACACUGCUGCUACUUGUGAUCCUAAUGAAUUCACCCUUCACAACGGUUACAACCUCCGACCAGCUAUGUACAAUCGUCAUACUGAACUUCUGAUUGCCAUUACCUACUACAACGAAGACAAGACUUUGACUGCUCGAACACUGCAUGGUGUUAUGCAAAAUAUUCGUGACAUUGUUAAUCUCAAAAAGUCAGAAUUCUGGAACAAGGGUGGUCCUGCUUGGCAGAAAAUUGUCGUCUGUCUUGUAUUCGACGGUAUCGAUCCUUGCGACAAGGACACUCUUGAUGUUCUGGCUACCGUCGGUAUUUACCAGGACGGUGUGAUGAAACGUGACGUCGACGGCAAGGAAACAGUUGCCCACAUUUUCGAAUACACCACACAAUUGUCGGUUACUCCUAGCCAGCAACUCAUUCGUCCCACCGACGACGGACCGAGCACACUGCCUCCCGUUCAGAUGAUUUUCUGUUUGAAGCAGAAGAACAGCAAGAAGAUCAACUCCCAUCGAUGGUUGUUCAACGCCUUUGGUCGCAUUUUGAACCCUGAAAUUUGUAUCCUGCUCGAUGCUGGUACCAAACCUGGCCCAAAGUCUCUCCUUGCUUUGUGGGAAGGUUUUUACAACGACAAGGACCUAGGUGGUGCUUGUGGUGAAAUUCACGCUAUGUUGGGUAAAGGGUGGAAGAACUUAAUCAAUCCUCUGGUCGCAGCCCAGAACUUCGAGUACAAGAUUUCCAAUAUUCUCGACAAACCCCUAGAAAGUUCCUUCGGAUACGUCAGUGUGUUGCCUGGUGCUUUCUCUGCAUAUCGAUUCCGCGCUAUCAUGGGCCGUCCUUUGGAGCAGUAUUUUCAUGGUGAUCACACGCUUUCCAAGCAGCUCGGCAAGAAGGGUAUUGAAGGCAUGAACAUUUUCAAGAAGAACAUGUUCUUGGCCGAAGAUCGUAUCUUGUGUUUCGAGCUAGUCGCCAAGGCUGGUUCUAAAUGGCAUCUCUCAUAUGUCAAAGCCUCAAAGGGUGAAACUGACGUGCCUGAAGGUGCUCCUGAAUUCAUCUCACAGCGUCGUCGUUGGUUGAACGGUUCCUUCGCCGCUAGUAUUUAUAGUUUGAUGCAUUUCGGUCGCAUGUACAAGAGUGGUCACAACAUCCUUCGCAUGUUCGUUCUUCACAUUCAAUUGCUCUACAACAUUUUCCAACAAAUCAUGACUUGGUUCGCUCUCGCGUCUUAUUGGCUUACUACAACGGUUAUCAUGGAUCUUGUCGGUACUCCUGGCACGUCAAAUGGUGAUCGCGGAUUCCCCUUUGGUAAUGAGGCUACGCCUAUAAUCAAUACCAUUAUUAAAUAUGUGUAUCUGGGUGUCCUUCUACUUCAGUUCAUUCUUGCACUGGGUAAUCGUCCGAAAGGUUCAAAACAUUCGUACAUUCUAUCCUUCAUCUUCUUUGGUAUUGUGCAAACAUAUGUCGUCAUCGAUUCUAUGUACCUGGUUGUUCACGCUUUCUCCGGUAAAAAUGCCAUCGACUUUGAUAUGGAUAAUGGGGUUGGCGGUUUCCUCAGAUCCUUCUUUUCUUCGUCCGGUGCGGGUAUUAUUAUUAUCGCCCUGGCUGCAACCUUCGGUCUCUACUUCGUCGCUUCUUUCAUGUACAUGGACCCCUGGCACAUGUUUACCUCUUUCCCUGCCUAUCUCUUGAUCAUGUCUUCCUACAUCAACAUUCUCAACGUGUACGCCUUUAGCAAUUGGCACGAUGUGUCCUGGGGUACCAAGGGUUCAGAUAAAGCGGACGCUUUACCGUCGGUACAGACGAAAAAAGAAGCAGAUGGAAAGGGCGCAGUUAUCGAAGAAAUCGACAAGCCUCAGGCUGAUAUUGACAGUCAAUUUGAAGCUACUGUCAAGCGUGCCCUGACACCCUAUGUUCCCCCGAAGGAGAAUGAGGAACGCAGCUUGGAGGAUUCGUACAAGAGUUUCCGUACCAAAUUGGUCACUUUCUGGAUUUUCACCAACGCUCUUUUGGCCGUUUGCAUUACUAGCGAGGCUGUCGACAAGUUUGGGUUUACCAGCCAAGCUACCGACCGUACCAGCCGCUUUUUCCAGAUUCUUCUGUGGGCUACUGCAGCGCUGUCCCUGGUCCGCUUCCUUGGAGCGUGCUGGUUCCUCGGAAAGACUGGUAUCAUGUGCUGCUGUGCUCGACGAUAAAUGUUACGAAUUACAGGGGGCUGCUGCUUGCAGCUGGCUGUGGAUCAGCGGCUCCGUUGGCGCUGUUUUCCCAAAAGGCUUUUUAAUAUCCAUCACUAUCCAUUUCUAAAAUAUGUAGUCUACUGUAGAUUUCCGUCUACCUUGUUUGUUUUGUCCUUGGCUUUAUACUUGUGAUGUCAACAAUUGAAUUCUUUUAAGUUGAUACGUUCAUGGUUAUAUCCGCUACAAAUAGCGGUUCAAUCGCAGUGUCUAGCACUUAUACAGCGAAUGGAAUUCAUACAUCAAAC